CCCAUGACCUGUCCGUCUCAAUCUCCCUCUUCCCCGCACCAAAUCGAAGCUACCCCUGUUCCUCUGCGAUUUGGGCUCGUCCUGUGUCCUUCCUGUUGCUCAAAAGCUCGCUCAUUCGAUGUCCCUGUCUGAAAGGCGACAAAUCCCACUGGAAUUCGGAGCACAGAGCUUUGAAUCCAGGGGCCAAAACUUUUUGCUCAUCUCCCUUGCGGAAAAGCGCCUCCUCUGCGUCUGAAAGUCGGAUCUUUUUUCACAGAUUCGAUUUGAAGUUCCCGAGCAGCUCGAGGACCGCGGUGUCGGUAAGACUUGCUUUGAAGAUCUUGAUCACCACAAGAGAUUUGCUGAAUUUCCGGUCACUGUACUUUUUCCACUGGACAUGUCCUUUCGCAGCAUAGUCCGUGAUGUUAGGGAAAGCUUUGGUAGCUUAUCAAGACGGAGCCUUGAGGUCAGGAUUUCUGGUUUGCCUGGUCUGUCUGGUGGUCAUCAUAGAGGGAAAUCUGUUGGAUCUGUGAGUGACCUGCGCGACAGACCUGUAGUAGUUGAUCAAAGCAGGUGGGUUGGUCUUCCUCCUGAAUUGCUUCGAGAUGUAAUGAGAAGGCUUGAGGAAGGUGAGAGCAAUUGGCCAUCCCGGAAAAAUGUUGUUGCCUGUGCAGCCGUCUGUGGAACAUGGAGAGAGAUAUGCAAGGAUAUAGUGCUGAGCCCGGAGUUCUGCGGGAAGCUCACUUUUCCAGUAUCACUUAAACAGCCGGGACCAAGAAAUGGAAUAAUCCAGUGUUUCAUAAAAAGGGACAAAUCGACAUCAACUUAUUAUCUUUACCUAUGUCUUAGCCCUGUUGUCCUCAGCGAGGAUGGGAAGUUUCUGCUAGCAGCUAAGAGGAAUCGCCGUACAACAUAUACUGAGUACAUCAUUUCUGUGGAUCCUAAAAGUAUAUCACGAUCAAGUGAUGGCUGUGUUGGAAAAAUGAGGUCAAAUUUUCUUGGCACUAAAUUCAUCGUGCAUGACACUCGAGCACCACACAAUGCUGGGAGCCUUGUCUCCUGUGAGCGCGGCAGCCGCAGAAUCUCCUCUAGGAGGGUUUCCCCCAAGGUACCCACUGCCAGCUACCCCAUUGCCCGGGUGAACUAUGAGCUAAACCUGCUUGGCACAAGGGGGCCCAGGCGUAUGAAUUGCACGAUGCAUUCCAUCCCAGCCUCAACGCUGGACCCUCAAGGCAUGGUGCCUGAGCCUGGCCAACCCAAGCAGAUCUUCGUCCCUGGCUCGUCGUCCUUCGAAGAUUCCUUUCGCAGUGCAAACAACACCCCUUCCAGCUCAAGGUUCUCGGUCGCAGACCGCUCCUUGGAUUGGAGCUCCUCUCGAUUCUCAGAGACGAGCGGAUUGGCUCAGCAGGACGACGAUGACAGUGACCAGGCUAAGGAGAGGCCUUUGGUUCUCUGCAACAAGGAGCCAAGGUGGCACGAGCAGCUGCAGUGUUGGUGCCUCAACUUCCAUGGUCGGGUGACCGUGGCUUCUGUGAAGAACUUCCAGUUGAUAGCUGCACCACAACUAGAUUCUGAACCGUCACAGCAAGCUCAGCAGCAAACCCAGCCUUCGAAUUCGUCUUCAGCAUCGGAUCAUGACAAAGUGAUCCUGCAGUUUGGUAAGGUCGCCAAUGACAUGUUCACUAUGGACUACCGAUACCCACUCUCGGCAUUCCAGGCCUUCGCCAUCUGUUUGACCAGCUUCGACAGCAAGCUGGCUUGUGAAUAAAUUGUACAUAAAGAACAGGAAUACAUGUAGAUUGUAUCUCUGCAGUAAGUAUUUACAGUGUGUGUGCUGGUGUAGUUUAUUGCCGCGUUGAUUCAGUCCUUUGUUGGCUUUAGUCUAAGGUCACUAGACCGGUUAUACCACUGUUUUGCAAUGUAGACUACCAAAAUGGAGUUUAAAAUGAAAGUUAAAGAUAGAAAAGCUGAUGACCCUAGCCCGCUUAGUGUGACUUGUCAAAAGCUCAAAGCUAAGAAUCGGCACUAAUUAUGACUUAUGAGCUGCAGUUGUGUAUCACUUUUAUGUCUGUAACUUGGUAACACGAAUUAUCGGCACUAAUUAUCACUUUUCA